CCGUGUGUGUGUCUGUCCGUGUGUCCGUGUGUCUGUGUGUGUCCGUGUGUGUGGCGUUUCGAGGCGGCGCGUUUCCUCUGGAAACUUGGCGAAUCGCCUUACCAACAACCUCAACUCGCUACAAUUCAUCAUCAACACUCUGACGCAUCGGGCAUCGUGAACGCACGCCCCCUCGCUCACUACGAAACGGGGGCCCGCUCGCUAUAAAUGCCGCCUCCCCGGUAAUCGACACGUCUCCCGAGACGUCUUUCGAGACGUUGUUUGUCUCUCUCUCGAGACGUUGUUUAUAUAUCUCUCUCUCUCGAGACGUUGUUUAUAUAUCUCUCUCUCUCGAGGCGUGUGACUAAAAGUGCACAACGCGGCCUUUAAUCGUCGAUUUGCUGCUGCUACUGCUGCGUCUUGCCCCAGCAGCGAGCGGGAUCGCGUGCGCCCCUUCUCCACGAGCCACGCUCGAGAGACGAACUCUCCGUGUCUCUCUCUCUUUCCUCUCGUUGUUGUGUGUGAAGUGUGAAUUAUCGACGCGUCUUUUAAACUGCUAAACGUUGACGUCUUUUUCUAGAGUUAACUUGUGCCAGCCUGCUUCGGGGUUAUUAGCAAAGUUCGUUAGGGAGGUGAUCUUGAACCUUUAAAGAUCCCCAAAGCAGCACCACGCAAGGAGCGUCGUGAACGAGGUGUGUCUCUCUCCCUUUGAGCUCCGUGUUUCAUCGGCGUCAUGAACAGCUUCGCGAUGUCUGCUCUCUAGACACAUCACACGAGCGCAGCUCUGGGGAAAAUACCGACGACACAAACAUAGCCUACUGGGCACAAGAUUUAAACACACUAAGUAAAACGGACGUCAUUCUAAGUAAAUAUUACACGUUGCAGAUAGAGAGCUCAAUCUGUAAAGUUACUCAUCCAGAAAACACACGCAUAUAACUCCAUAAUUAAUAAAGCUACUUUACAGAUACAAGAAAAAACGAGCAGAUAACUUAAUAUACUGUGCUACAUAACAUAGUUACCACACGUGCACCCAUCAUAUACAUAAUUACACACAUACACAUGACAUAUAACGUACACACAUUGCACGUAAGUUCAACACAUUUGGUCUAGGAUAUACAAGUCACACACCACCAAACUACAGUAUAUACUUGCAUAAAAGCCAAACACAAACUACGUAUCUACAAAUUAUACGAGCACAUUACACACACAAUUAUUAUACAAUACACAUAAAAGGUUACAUCAAAGUCCACAUUGUAUAUUCUCUGCAAAUAUAAUUGGCGAGUGGUUUACACACAAGAGGCAUUACACAAGUUUGAAGCUCCCACCCCCGUUUAGCCCUAGGGCAGUGUUAAGUGCUGUUAGCGAGCACCUAAUACUGUCAACUUCCUCAUUAAGGUCAGCUAACACAUAUACAUACGUACAUACACACCCUCAGCAACCAUGCCCUCUCUUGCCACCACAUCGUCUCGGCUGCCGUUGCCGAUGGCCCUGCUGAUGCUACUGCUGACCGUGCUAUCCGACGCUCAAAAGACACCACGGAGCAAAGUCUCCGCCAAAUCAACGCAAUUUUCCGUCGACCUGUAUCGCGCGGUCGGUGGCACGGCCAUGCGGGGCAACGUGGCGAUGUGCCCCAUGGGCUUGGAGCCGUUGCUGGGCAGCCUGCAACUGGGAGCCAGGGGCAACACGCGGCGAGAGAUGGAGAAGGUCAUCGGGACCAGCGCGAAGGGUCUCCGGCCCAUGCGGCUGCCAAGCUCCCUUCGCUCUCCACUCCUCACCCGAGCCUUGGCACUCUUCAUACACGGGGGCGGUGUGGCCCAAGAAGUCAGCGCGGGCCGGGUGGCCGGUGCGGGCCGGGUGGCUGGAGCGGGCCGGGUGGCCGGAGCGGGCCGGGUGGCCGGAGCGGGCCGGGUGGCCGGAGCGGGCCGGGUGGCCGGAGCGGGCCGGGUGGCCGGCGCUGGCAGCAGGUCGGAGCUGCGCGCAUUCGCUGGCCGCUCGGCGGCCGUAUUUGGCACGGAGACUCGACCCCUGCGCUCGGACGGGGGCGAGGCUGCAGCCAGACAGGUCAACGCGUGGGUGCUCAACCACACGCACGGUGCCGUGAAGGAUUUCCUCUCCCCGGAUCAGCUGCCCCCGGGCCUCACUCGCCUCGUGCUGGUGAGCGCCGUGGUUCUGCGCGCCGUCUGGCUGUCGCCCUUCGACCCCGCGCACACCAACCCGCGACCCUUCACCCCACCGGGGCGGCCCGUGAAGAUGGUACCGGCGAUGCAACGCACGGGCGUCUACAGAUACGGUGAAUUUGCACUGCCCGACGGUAACUUUUACGAAGUUUUGGAGAUCCCUUACGCUGAUGGGCAUACCGUAAUGUGGGUGGCCCUACCACCUCCGGACAAAGAUGGUUCAGCUCUGGCGGCACUGGAGAACAGCCUGACAGGACGUACCAUUGUCGAGUGGGAGGGACAGAGCAGAUCAACCCGCCUUACCCUGCAGUUGCCCAGGUUCACAGUGGAGAGCAAGCUGGAACUAAAGCCCGCACUGCAGUCCCUGGGUCUCAGGGAAAUGUUUGACGAGCGAAGAGCCAACUUCAAGGGCAUCACGGCCCGGGAGCAGCUAUACGUGUCGACAGUGCUGCAGCAGACGCGCGUAGAGGUGGACGAGAAGGGAACGCGAGCCGUCUCGGCCACAGGUGUAGUCGCCCUGUUACGAUCCUUCAUUCCCACCUUCGCCUGCGAUCGGCCAUUCCUCUUCAUCAUCACUCACAAACACACAGAUUCCAUCCUCUUCAUGGGCCGCGUCACCGACCCAUAGGACCUCGUCUCCCCCACGACUCUUAAGCGUCACCGUAGUUGCCGUGGCUCAACGAGUACGUGGCCUUUCACACCUAAAACGACGUUCAUCAAUUGUAUUCUUUGCACUUAGAAUGAAAUGUAACGUUAGUGGCCGUGCACUAGGCAUAUAACGAUUUGUCGAUUUAAAGUCGAUUCCUACGCUUACGAUAUGUGCAUCGGAUCGCGUGCGUGAGAAUCGAUGCGUUAUGACUUGUAAAAUCUGUAUGCAUAUUAUAUGCAAAUGUGUUUAGGAAAAUAAAACAAAAUAUAUACAAACGAGGCAGACAAUACGAAAGUGAAACAAAAAGAAAGAAUACAGUAUAAGGUUUAUAUAAGCACAACUUAUAUAAGUAAAUUAUUCAUACAUGCAACACAUCCUUACAUUAUACUGGUGGGGGGCAUUAAAGGGGUACUUCUGAUACAAGCACACCAUGGCUACAAGCACAUGUGCUUUGUGCCAAUGGCUGCGAAUAUAUCCAACACCGACUGCAUGUCGUAUAGGGUAGACCCAGCAGUAAAACAAGACGAAGAAUAGUCGAUUGUUUCUUGGAAUUGACUCCAAAUUGUGACAAUUGAGGGGAGCUUUAGAAAAACUUGAUAACCCACGUAGAUAUAUUUUGAAAACAGCAGGCUGCACGUCCUUUGGACCUCUCCCUCCUUCCAGCCAGCCACACUUUUUUCUACAGUAUGAAUAGCCAUGUUAGCUUCAUUGGAAGACUUUACAAUCACCUGUUUGAUAGUUUUAAUAGCAUCUGUCCACAGAAUGCAAAACUAUUAACUUAAUUCACCCAUUCCAUCGACUGAAUCCACCUACUCUUAACUUUUGUGCAUGAUUACGUUUUCCAGGACAGGAGAGGAGCUGAAUAUUAGUUAAUUUGUAACUUUUACUUAUAUUUUAUAUUAAAUACGCUAUAUAUUUGUGGAUGAAGUGAAACGUAUAAACUGCAUGGAAUGUGAAAUGCUUGCGAGUUCACAUAUUUUUUUAAUCACCCCUUUUGAGUAUGUCCAGAUAUUGACAUCUGUAAGACAACAUUGGGUUUCAGCGAUUCACUUGUGGUUAAGUGCUCUUCACUAUGAAUCUGGCAACUAGAGUUUGAUUUACGGGCACGGCUAACAUCAGUGGCCAUUGAUACCUGAUAACGAUCCUGGAAGCUGCCUUCACCAAUCCGUGCCGACCAGCGUGGCAAAGUUCAAACAACCCCCAUGACCAAUAGGGCGAUGGGAGGCCCUCAUCCAGUCGUGGGCAAAGAGGCCUGUAAACGAAGAGUUCAGUAUAACAGUCAUCAAACAUUACUUUUAAUAUACUAUGGACUUAAUGAUGUUAUUGAUGUUAGUUACUAAUAUACAAGUAUCUUUGUAACACAGUUGUGGGAUAUUUUGUACUGCUUUUUAAAAUAAAUACUUCUACGUGACAACUCCACAAUUCUAUACAUA